AUUUCCAGAGCAGCUACAGAUAGAGAGAAGGAAACCCGCUCACACCCCCAGGCUCCUGGCUGGGCACUGUGUGCCCAGCACAAACGGAUUCCCAGCUCCGCCUGUCCUGGGCCGAAAGUUCUUCUCGUGAUGCCGUGAACUGCAGUUUCUUUGGCUUUUCAGAAAGAUUGGGACCCAGCGAGAACUAAAGCGCGCAAUGGGAGGGAGCUGCACGCAGACACGCCCGGCUGACCGGAGGCAGGUACUGUUUCUCUUCCUGCUGCCUUUGUUCUACCCCGCGCUCUGCGAGCAGAUCCGCUACUCGAUUCCCGAGGAGCUGGCCAAGGGCUCCGUGGUAGGGAAUCUCGCCAGGGAUCUAGGGCUCAGUGUCCUGGAUGUGUCGGCUCGAAAGCUGCGAGUUAGCGCGGAGAAGCUGCUCUUCAACGUAGACGCGGAGAGCGGGGACUUACUUGUAAAGGACCGAAUAGACCGUGAGCAGAUAUGCAAAGAGAGAAGAAGAUGUGAAUUGCAGUUGGAAGCCGUGGUGGAAAAUCCUUUAAAUAUUUUUCAUAUCAUUGUGAUUGUUGAAGAUAUUAAUGACCAUGCUCCUCAAUUUGAUAAAAAGGAAAUAUAUUUAGAUAUUUUUGAAUCUGUAUCCGUAGGUGCACGAAUAUCCCUGGACCCUGCCACUGACCCUGAUAUAAACAUGAACUCAGUUAAAGAUUAUCAGAUAAAUCCUACCUAUUUCUCAUUAAUGGUUAGAGUUAAUUCUGACGGUGGCAGAUACCCAGAAUUAUCCUUGGAGAAACCCCUCGACCGAGAAGAGCAGCGAUCCCAUAGCUUGAUAUUGACUGCCUUGGAUGGAGGGGACCCUCCACGAAGUGCCACCGCUCAAAUAGAAAUCUCUGUCAAGGACACCAAUGAUAACCCCCCGGUGUUCAGCCAAGAAGAAUAUAGACUUAGCGUUAGUGAAAAUCUACCCCCUGGGUCCUCCGUGUUGCUGGUGACAGCCACUGACCAGGAUGAGGGGGCCAAUGCUGAAAUAAACUACUACUUCAGGAGCACUGCUCAGAGUACAAGACACAAGUUCUCAUUGGAUGAGAAAACAGGCAUGAUUAAGAAUAACCAGUCUUUGGAUUUUGAGGAUAUAGAAAGAUACACCAUGGAAGUGGAAGCAAAGGAUGGAGGUGGUCUCUCUUCCCAAUGUAAAGUAAUCAUAGAUAUCCUCGAUGAAAACGACAACAUCCCGGAAAUAAUCAUUACUUCUCUCUCUGAUCAGAUUUUGGAGGGUUCUCUACCAGGAAUGGUUGUUGCCCUUUUCAAAACACGGGACCAGGAUUCCAGAGAAAAUGGAGAAGUCACCUGUCAUGUAGGAAGAGAUGUUCCUUUCAAGAUUUAUUCUUCUUCUAAUAAUUACUACAAGCUGGUGACAGAUGGGGAUCUAGACCGAGAGCAGACUGUGGAAUACAACGUCACCAUCACAGCUACUGACCGGGGUAAGCCUCCUCUCUCCUCCAGCACUACCAUUACCCUACGCAUCACGGACAUCAACGACAAUGCUCCGCUUUUCCACCAGGCCUCCUACGUGGUCCACGUGCCAGAAAAUAACCCACCUGGAGCUUCCAUCGCGCAAGUCAGCGCCUCCGACCCUGACCUAGGGCCCAACGGCCAGGUCUCCUACUCCAUCGUGGCCAGCGACCUGGAGCCGCGCGCGCUGUCGUCCUACGUGUCCGUGAACCCGCAGAGCGGCGUGGUGUUCGCGCAGCGCGCCUUCGACCACGAGCAGCUGCGCGCCUUCGAGCUGACGCUGCAGGCCCGCGACCACGGCUCGCCCGCGCUCAGCUCCAACGUGAGCCUGCGCGUGCUGGUGGGCGACCGCAACGACAACGCGCCCAGGGUGCUGUACCCGGCGCUGGGACCCGACGGCUCGGCGCUCUUCGACACGGUGCCGCGCGCCGCGCAGCCCGGCUACCUGGUCACCAAGGUGGUGGCGGUGGACGCAGACUCUGGACACAACGCCUGGCUGUCCUACCACGUGCUGCAGGCCAGCGAGCCCGGACUGUUCAGCGUGGGGCUGCGCACGGGCGAGGUGCGCACGGCGCGGGCCUUGGGCGACAGGGACGCGGCCCGCCAGCGCCUGCUGGUCGCUGUGCGCGAUGGGGGACAGCCGCCCCUCUCGGCCACCGCCACGCUGCUCCUGGUUUUCGCCGACAGCCUGCAGGAGGCGCUGCCGGACCUCAGUGACCGGCCCGCGCCCUCUGACCCCCAGGCUGAGCUGCAGUUUUACCUGGUGGUGGCCUUGGCCUUGAUCUCGGUGCUCUUCCUCCUGGCAGUGAUUCUGGCGGUCGCCCUGCACCUGCGACGCUCCUCCAGCCCUGCUACUUGGGGCUGCUUUAAGCCUGGUCUCUGUGUCAAGUCUGGACCCGUGGUUCUCCCCAACUACAGUGAGGGGACUUUGCCUUAUUCCUACAAUCUGUGCGUUGCCCAUACUGGAAAGACAGAGUUCAAUUUUCUAAGAUGUAGUGAGCCUUUGCAUCCCACUCAAGACAUAGUGUGUGGUGAUUCUCCUGGGGCCCUAAUUCCACUUCAUAGUGGGAAUGACUUGGCUACACAUCCUGAGACCCUAACACCGUAAUGGCAAUCCACCUCCAGUAUUCUUACCUAAAUCCCAUGGACAGAGGAACCUGGCGGGAUACAGCCCAUGGGGUCACAAAAGAGUCGGACACGACUUAGGGACUAAACAACAACAAGAAAACUACAGAUACCAGUUGAGAAACCAAAGAAGAAAUGUAAAAUAAAAUAUGCAACAAAAAAUAGAGUCCCCUUUGUUUUCUAUUGCAUACAUAAGUGGGUGCAGUAACUUCUGAGGACUCUGAGCGCCGCUGUUC